UUCACCUACCCUCACUUCCGUGUUGUUCACCAGCUACAGCUAGUAGAUUACAACAUAAGGCCUGUGUUGUUUCCAUUAUAUUUUUUAACUCAGUUGGUAAACGACAGUUUUGACAUUAAUGUAAGCGCCGUGAACUCUCUGCAGCCCAGUAACCAGAUUUGGAGAUCACACCCAGUGCAGACUGGAUGGGCAGGCUGGUAACAUUUAAAGUCAGCUGUUAACAUCCUUGUGGCCUGCACGUGUAGCGCAAUGGCCAGUAACUUCCGCAGCUACAUAUGGGACCCAGUCCUCAUCGUGUGUCAGAUUGUACUGAUGCAGUGCAUCUACUACAGCUUCUUGGGUCUGUGGUUGGCUGGAGUUGACAGUCUGGUGCACACCAGUCGGUCAUUGGACCAGAUCUUCAACUAUGAAACCCUUGGCUUUGCAACAAUACAAGGGAGGCUGUCAAUGAUGGCGUUCAUCUUGAACUCUCUCACCUGCGCCCUUGGUCUGUGGUUCUUCAUCCGGCGAGGAAAACAGUGCCUAGAUUUCACCGUCACUGUGCAUUUCUUCCACAUGAUCGGCUGCUGGAUCUAUAACGCACACCUUCCAGCCGCUCUGUCCUGGUGGCUCGUCAACGUGGCCUGCAUAGCAUUGAUGGCUGUAAUCGGAGAGUACCUGUGCAUGCGAACUGAGCUCAGGGCCAUUCCAGUCAACAGUGGACCCAAGUCUAACCUGUGAAUUGUUGUGGACGCCACAAUGAAAACCUGUGGAUGUUUAAACCUUUUGGAACUUUUGCAGAGGAGGCUUUUCCACUGUUGGUAAAAGUGAAGGAACGUGAAUCCUUCAUCGAAUAUAUGCAUCUUCUCUUAAACGGAUGCAUCAGAUGAACUGAUCUAUUUAUUCUUAUGUUGGACAGUGUUGACUCUACAGCAUAUUAAGAUACUCAUUGGAAUGCUAAUGAAAGCAGACUUAGGUUCAAACAUAUUUCCCUGAAACUAACAACUACAGUUCUCUGGUAAUUUUUUUGUCCAGAAUUAAGUACAUUUGCAUAAAUGCCCCAUUCCCACAUUUUAAAACUUGAGUAAGACUUGAAUUCUUUUUUUCACACAAAAUAGAAAGUUUAACAAAUAACAAAACCUGUAAUUCCUCUCGCUGCAUUGUGUUGGCAAGCAAACAUCUCAUCUUGACCAUCACGUUAGAAGAUUUUAAGUUUGUUCCACCAUUGUGCAGAGUUACAGAUCACUGUACUGAUCGAUGAUGACGGAGAAAUUCAAAGACAUUAUUUUAAACUAUACAACUUUAAACAUGAUAUUAUUUUCUUUGGGGUUUUUAACUAUAACCAAACACAAAGCUGCCCACAGCUUAUUCUCGUGAUCACAUUUAAACAAAGUUCACAGCAGGUGGUGGUUUGCUCAAAGUCUGACGCUGCAAAACCAAACCAGUUCCAUGCUGAGGCGACUCAGCCCUUUUUUUGGAACAAACUCCUUGCUGCUUGCUGCUUGUGGGCUGCGGUGCUGCGGUGCUGCACCACUACAAACUACGGAAGCCCCAAGGGGAGCAGAGCAGUGGUGGACAUCAAAGGGAAAUACAUUUUCAUAAAAAACUAAUUGCCCAGCCCUAUUUAUUGUUCCGAAAGAUGUUUUAAAGGUUUGUGUAAACCCAUGUGUUAGAUACAGUACCUUGUUAUAAUGCCCAUUUAUGGACACUGCACAAUACUCCCUCUGGAGGGCAGUGCCAAGUUGCAGGCAUCGACAAACAAUGGUGACCAUUGAAGACGUUAUUUUAUUGUGCUUGAGCCGAUACAGACAGAAAUGCAUCAUACAGAUGGAUGUAAUUCUGCACCAUCUCGCAGAGAUGCUCUUCAAAACUUUCCACCAUUUUUAAAUCCCCACAAUGACUGAUGAAAUGAACGCAAAGUACGGACAGAAAAGGCUCCCUCCUUCUCUGUCUUUUGUGUAGAGUAUAAGUUAGUUUACUUGAUGAGAUGGAGUCUGUACAUUAAGUCUUAUUCUGCUUAUUGGCCUUCAGUAUUUUUUUUUUUUGCACAGCAAAUAUUGUUUAUUUUCUUGUCUUUUUAGGAUGUAUAAUGCGGACAGUGCAGCCACUUUAUUUCCAAAAAACAUUUACUGUUCGGGGUGAACAUUCCUCAAUUGUGCAGCACUGAACGUUUCUGGAACGACGUCAUCUCCCCAGCACCUGUGAAACAUCAUCUAUUCAUUGUGUGUGGUAAUCGUGUAGUCCAUGCAGUCUGCUUAGUUUAUUAUAUAAUUAUGGUUGCAAAAUUCAAGGAAUGUUCAAAAUGGGAAACUUUCAAUGGGAAUGAAUGCGAAUAAACUGGACAUUUUCAAAGCUGAAUGUUGGGAAUUAUGUACUGUAGCAUAAUCUUGGCUAAAACAAUCAGAUUUGAUGCAAAUACAGUUGAAUAUCAAUGCUAUUCCUCGAUCACAGGCACAUAUCACACUUCUUACUGCUGGGGUAUUGAGGCCACGUACCCCUCCAUCACAGCUGAUUUAUACAGUGAACUAUUGAAGCCACUUCUGUGAGGAAUAUUUCACUCAACAUCAUUCAUGUUAUUGUUCAACGAAAGAAUUAAGCGUUGAUAAAGUUCUGCUCACACACGAGUCAUCUGUGACGAAUGUUUUUUUAAAAAUUGUAUUUAAAUCAUCCAAAGUUAAUUCUCAUGAAUUCCCAUCAAAAGUUCCCAUGUUUCUGGAAGUUUACUGGGAAUUGUCCACCCCUCUGCAACCCUAUGUACAAUGGUGUGGUGCAGGGGAUAAUACUUGAUGGAAUAGUUGAUAUUUUUGAGAGUGCACAUUGCUGCAGACAGAUUGUGACACCACUCCCAUGUCUGUACAGUAAAAUAUGAUAAUUGUUAAUUUAUCACAGACAGUUGGCUAAAACUCUACUAUUACUUCUUCUUUGGUGUUUUAUGGCAUUUGGCAUCCAUAAUGUUGCACCACUGCCUUAUUCUCUUUUCUUUGCACACAUUAAUGCCCAACUGUUGCAUUACUUAAGGGUCCAGUGUUUUAGAAUUUUACUGUAUUUCCAUCAUGGUGUAUUUUUGAUUUUUAAAAACCUGGAUCCGGCUUGUGUUUUGACUGAGAACAGUACUUGGAAGGCCUGGUGUGGUCAGUGAAAUACAUACCUGAAUGUCGUACCAGUGCAGUGACAGUGGAGGACACACAACAGCUCUUUUAUUGUUUGUUAUCGUCUGUCUCAACAGCUUUGAAUGAGAAUAGACUGCCGGUGUUUGACGACACACCGGUCAAACGUGAGUGACGUUUGUCUGUCACCCAAUCCAUUGACUGUUGUGGGUGGAGCCGGUUUAGCUCCACCCUGACCAUACCAUACCAUUUUAAUCUGGUACCCGAAGAUAAGGGUGCCAAAGAAUGAAACUGUAGGGCCAGGUUAUUUUGGUACCGUUCCUAAUGCCAGAAAGGAUGUAAACACUCUAUUCUCAAUGCUCUCACUGUCUCUGCUGCUUCCUCUUCUAAACACUGCAGCACAUGCUGUGGCUGGUUCGUCUGUUUGGGCUGCUGCAGAAACAUGCUGGCACAAAAUGACGGCAAGCCGUAAAGCAAGUCCACAUAAAAGGCCUAUUUUAGGGCCAUUAAAACUGAAAUAUAUUUAUUGAAAAGCAAAAAUACCCUUGAUAAAGGUAGUAUUUUCUAGUCUGCCAAUAAACUCUCCUAAAUGUUAUUCACUGCACCUUUUAACACAUGAGAAAGUCUUGGUCUAUUUGAAGGUAAACACAACUUAAAUGCAUACAAAUAGAGCUGAAACAAUUACUCGAUUAAUCGAUUACUAAAUCAAUCGUCAACUAUAUCGGUUUGAAGCUUUCUGAUUGUUUUAGCUUCUUAAAUGUGAAUAUUUUCUCCAUUUCUUUGCUCCAUAUAACAAAGAAAUCAUUAAAAGUAAAUCAUUUCCAGGUUUGGUGAACACUGAUCAGCAUCUUUUAACGUUUUCUGACAUUUUAUGGACCGAACAAUUACUCAAGCAGAUUAAUCGAUUAUGAAAAUAAUCGUUAGUUGCAGCUCUACAUACAAAUGUAAUCAAUGCAAAAUGAACAUGUCCCAAUUUUCUAGUAAUGACAAAAGAUAAGCUGUAACAUGUUAAUGAAUGAGCUUUAGAGGUGCUGGAAGAUGGAUUUGAGUUAACUUUGACUUGGUGUAUUUUGGGAGAAGGAAGGAAGCAUGUGCAGUAUGUUAGAUCCAAUACAAACAAUUCCUUUAAAUUACAUUCAAAUGUAGGACGACUUUAAAAACAGCAUUACUUUGCAGAGAACUUGCAAGCUGGACCUAUUCAUGUAAUUACAGUUUUUUUAAGUUUGCUCCCAACACGGAAUCAUGACAGUCAAAGUGUAUUCCCCCCCCGAGCAGUUAAAUGGUGCUUGCUCCAGCCUUAAGAGUUGGAAGAAGAUGCCAGUUUGGAAACUGCAGGUGAAAAAAUAAUUGGCCCUUAUGCUUCAGACAUCAAAGGAAGUUCUAUAAUGAGGGGCAAAGCAGGAGCGCGUGUGCUGUUCUACUAAGGUUUUUCCUCCUCGGGCUCUGACCCCUCAUUUUCUCCCAUCACUGCCCCUGUGAGGAGUGUCCAGGUGGAAAGAAACAGAUGGAAGAGCACUAACGAGUCGACCCUCAUUACCAGCACUUUGCUUCGGGAGGGAACUCGGUAGUGAAUGAGUUGUACGACAGAGGAUGAAUAAAGGCCCCGCGGUUUUACCACCA